AUGACCUUACUCACCUACCCUGGAUUCUUGAUCAUUGCAGUUGUUCUAUUCCUUACCUUCCUCACUUGUUCUAGAAAAAGAAGAGGGCUCCGCUGGCAGUGGCCUGUAGUUGCGAAGUUACCGCAGUUUGUUCGCCGCUACUGCCAGUUCCAUGACUGGAGUGCCCAAAUUCUUGAAAGAAGCGGCGGCACAUGUCUUGUAGUAAAAAAUCUCUGGUUUGUCAAUAUGGAUAAUUGGCUCACUAGCAAUCCUGCCAACGUGCAGCACAUAAUGAGCAAAAGCUUCACUAAAUAUCCAAAAGGAAUCGAUUGGAGGAAGCGAUUUGAUAUAUUUGGAGAUUCAGUGUUCAAUUCUGAUUCUGUUAAAUGGAAGUACGAAAGAGCUCUUUACAAAGGCUUCCUAAAUCAUCAAAGGUUCCAUGAGCUGAUGCCAAAGAUUUUUGAAGAUAGCAUGGAGAAACAAUUGAUCCCAAUUCUUGAGCAUGUCUCCAAACAACAUGUACCAGUGGCCUUGCAAGAUCUGCUUGGAAAGCAUAUAUUUUAUUUUUCUUGCAGAAUGACCACCGGAUGUGAUCUCGGUUUGUUUCAGAGCAGUUCCCACGAACAUCUUUUCGCAAAAGCCAUAGUUAACGCUUGCGAAGCAAUAUCAUUUCGAUACUUGCUACCAGAGUGUAUCUGGAAGUUACAAAAAUGGCUAGGUAUUGGAAAGGAGAAGAGAUUAAGCGAGGCCAGGAAAACUCUAGAUCAUUUAGUUUCUGAAUACAUAUCAAUAAAGCGAAAAGAAUUGAGCAGUAGAUUGAGAAAGGAAGAUAUGGAUUUCAGUAUAUUAAAACUUCUUUUAGAUAGAGAUGAACUUGCUAGGACAUUAUCGAUCUCAGAUGAAGUUAUGAGAGAUAACAUUAUAACUUUUAUGUUCGCUGCUCACGACACCACAAGCACAGUCCUGAGUUGGUUUUUCUGGAUUCUUUCAAAGCAUCCAGUUGUUGAAAAGAGAAUUAGAGAGGAAAUACAAAAAUACCUUCCAGAUAAUGGGAAAACGAAAUGGCUAGCAUUUAAUGCUAAAGAGUUGAAUAAAAUGGUUUAUCUGCAUGCAGCUUUAUGUGAAACAUUAAGACUGUACCCUCCAGUUCCUGUCCAGACAAGGACUGCUCUUCACAACGACACCCUUCCAAGUGGCCAUAAGAUCAAUCAAGGAACAAGGGUUUCGAUCUCCGUUUAUGCAAUGGGAAGGAUGACAUCCACCUGGGGAGAGGACUGCAAUGAAUUCAAGCCAGAGAGGUGGAUUACCGAUGAUGGAGGAAUUAAACAUGAACCAGCGCACAAGUUCUUUGCGUUCAACGCGGGGCCUCGAAGUUGUUUAGGGAAAGAUUUUGCUUUCACUUUGAUGAAGGCGAUUGCAUCAGCUAUCAUCCACAACUACGAUGUCCAAGUAGUAGGCAACAGCCAAAUCGCCCCUAAGCGAAGCAUCAUUCUUCACAUGAAUCAUGACCUCAUGGUUACAGUUAAGAAAAGAUGGGCUUGA